AUGUUUCCUACGGUGAAAGUCUCCAUUUCUAAUAUAGACACAGAUGGACUCUAUUAUGUGUUCCUUGACGUUAUACCUGUUGAUAAUAAACGAUAUCGCUAUAUUUACAACAAAUCUGCUUGGUUAACUGCCGGAAAGGCGGAACCGGCUCCGAAAAACCGAUUAUAUCUGCAUCCAGAUUCACCGUACACCGGUGAGCAGUUACUCAAACAGGUCGUUUCAUUCGAAAAAGCGAAGCUCACGAACAACGAGAUCGAUAAGGCGGGCCAUUUGAUUCUCAACUCUAUGCACAAAUAUCAACCUAGAAUCCAUAUCGUCAGACGAAAUAAAGGUCAACACCUGGAUCACAACAAGAUAAAUCUCACCGAAGAAGUCCAUCGAACUUUCGUAUUUCCUGAAACUCAGUUCAUGGCCGUGACAGCCUAUCAGAAUCAAUUAGUACGUUGA